AUGGACACAAAGCUAAAACGUAGAUUACCCCAGGAGGGUACCGACGCCUCCGGCGUCGGAGAAUCCCUUCGCGCUUCGGCGCGCUGCCCGUUCGAUUCUGGGGAGGGCAAACUUUGUGCUUGUGAUUCGCCCACUAUGGGCGUUGACGUAGUGCCCGGGAAGGGCGGUGAUACGACCUCUGCUAGGAACACGGACUCCGAUAACAGCCUUCGGAGUGGCGGCUCAAACGAGCUGUCACUCUCGAGGGCUGGUCUCCCCUCGCGAGAUCGCAAGGGGAGAUUCCUCUCACGACAAAAAGGCCCUUCUCAGGGCCAGGACAAAGGUGGAAACCGUUUUGCGGUUCUGGCUGCGGACGAUAAAACGGACACGGAUACAGAUAUGGUUUCAGGAUCCCCUCACAGGGAUAUUGCUUUGACGGGACGGCGGAAGCGGCCCUCAUCCUCGACCUUCGCGUCUGGGCGUGACGGUUCAGACACGGAGGCCGAGGGCACGGGCCUCGCUAAAAUAAACACAGCGAGAAGGGGAAAGGCGAGAGGAACCACGGCGGGUCCUUCCCGCGAAAAGUUUCUCAAGCCAGCACCUGUCCGGCCGGAAUCUGUCAACAUACCCACCGACAACGAGUCCGAUGUCGGCUCGUUGAUCUUGGACGACGUUUGCGCACUCAACGCGCAAGCGCUCAGGGUGCGCGCGGGCGAGGGACUCGCCGUGAUACUAGAGGUUGCCCGGAAAUCCGGGAACCUCAAAGGCGAGUUCGUCUCAAAGCUGAAGAGGUCCGCGACGGACCUAAGCGAGGUGGUAGACGCCCUUGCCUCAAGGACUGAGGCCGAUGAGGUAAGACGGCUCCGAGCGGAGAACCGCCGCUUCAAGAUGGAGGUGAAGGCAAUGAAAGCGGAGCUGAAGGCGAUGCCGCGCGGCUUCGCCGAGGCGAAGUCGGAAGCGGCCGCUAACGCCGCCGCCGCCGCCGCCGCCGCUGCCAACGCCUCAGUCGCCGGUCCACCUGCGACACUUCCGGUGGCGGACAUACUAGAGGAAUUCAAGCACUCCUUGACCUGCUCGCUGGGCGAUAUGAUGAACGUCCGGCUAGCACAGAUCGAGGAGAAGCUGCCGCCGGCUCCGUCGGUCCGUCCCCAACUAGGAGCUGGUGGACCUCGACGCCCAGAGACGGCGGCCACUACGUCGGCGGCCCCCUUCACGGUUGCCCGGGAGGAAACCUGGGCAACAGUGGUUAAAAGAGGGAAGGGCAAGAGGAAGGGGAAAAGGAAGUCCUCCGCCCCUCCAUCUACACCUGCAGGCGAAGGUCGAACUGCCGCCCCUGCGGCGAAGCCGGCUGGCAAGCUGGCCGCGGCGUCGUCCGUGCGACAGGCCGCCAAGCCGACCGCCAAGCCGUCCAAGCCGUCCGGAAGGCGCGCAGCGAAUGUUAAAGCCAAAUUCAAGGCUCCGAAGACUGCGGCAGUCGUCGUCCAGCUGCAGCCGACGGCCAUAGAGAAGGGUCAAACGUAUGACUCCAUCUUCCGGUCGGCUGAAGACACUGUCAAAUUGGAGGAACUGGGGAUCGAGCGCAUCCUCUUCCGUCAUACGGCGACGGGAGCGAGGAUGCUCGAGAUCCCCGGUUCCGACAAAGAGGAGAAGGCGGACCGGCUCGCCAGCCGGCUCAGGGAGGCCCUCACGGACGUGGCCACCGUCGUCAGGCCCGUUAACACCACGAAGCGCAAGCGGCGUGAGGUCGAUGACUGCGCAUCGGACGACAGCGACUGUGUGUCGGAUAAGGUGCACACAGCGCGAAGAGGUCGUGGUAGACCGCCCACGACCGGGAAGUACGUCGGCCUCGCCAAGGCUAAGGCCGAGUACUUGAAACAAUGCGAGAGGGAGCUCGAGCUCGAAGCGGAGAGCGAGGCGGUCGCAAUCACGCGCCAAGAGGCGAACGAUCGGCUUAAAGCCGAAAACGCCCAGCUCCGCUCGGAGAUUUCGGAGCUGAGGCAGGGCGUGGCCGACCUGAGGCGCGACUUGUGCACGACGCUUGCAUCAGUCCCCUCUACUUCCAGGAAGGAAACUGAUGACGACUCGUUCGUCACUAAGAUCAUGGACGGGGUCGGGAAAAUGCUCGACGCCCGUUUUAAAAACUUGGAGACAUCCGGCAGGCUCGUGCCCGAAGCGCAGGCUGACAGCCUUAUAGCAAGUAUGGGCGUCGAGACUCGCUAUAGGGUCUCUCAGACUGGCGCGCGCAGGCUCGAGGUGCCCGGCGCCGAUAGCGGUGAGAAGGCGGAAGCGCUAGCGCGGCGCAUCAAAGAAAUAGUCGGCGAGGGCGUGGCGGUAUCGAGGCCGAUUAAAUGUACUGACCUGCGCGUCGCUGGCUUAGACGAUUCCGUCACGCCUGAAGAUUGA